AUGCGGCUGCCUAGCAACGGCGCAGGAAAGAGCGCAGAGGCCGGGAGGCCGAAGGCAGCUACAGGCGGCGUCCAGGCCUGUCUGCGCCUUCCCCUAGGCCCUCGCCAUCACGCCUCAGUGCGCUUCAUUCGGCGGAAAACACCCGUGCGCAGACCGUGCCAGCGGGAGCGAGAGCCACGGCCGACCCCUCGCGGCACUGCCGGGCGUCACGUGACGAGUGACGCCAGGAUACGCAGAGGGGCGGGGGCAUGUAGCCAGGGAGCAAGGCGGAACAGCCUUGGGAGCGGGCUACAUAGGCGGGAGGGUGGAGCCGCUCUCCGGGGUGGAGGCGGGGCACUCAGCGAGGCGGGCGGGGCACUCAGCGGGGCGGGUGGGGCACUCAGCGGGGCGAGCGGGGGCACGGGGCGGGGCCGCACAGCCGGGGGCGGGACCGCGGCGCCGAGGGCGUGGCCGAAAGGGGCGGGGCCGGCUACUCCGGCAGGCCAGGGUACCCUCGCCCCCAUACCUAGAGGUGCAAGCUUCCACCUGUGA